AUGCGGUCGUUGGAAGAAUCAAGAAAACGAUGGGACGUUACAACAAGGCACGCUACGAGCCUCAACGAGCUCAAGAAGUCCGUGAGGCUGAAUGGAGAUGACAACCCUUGUAUUUCUGGUCUUCGCUCCACCUUUUUACUCUUCCAAAGCACAGAAGUCACGGGAUGGUCGAGAGUCUUAGUUGACUCUAGAAGUGCAUACACUUCUCUCCGAGAGCACUUGUUGAGAUACAUAGAAAACCCCAACGAAGUUGGCUCUGUGUUGGAUCCCUUAGAUGACGAUAAGAAUUCCCCUUGGAAUACUAUGCGACAGGAUGAAGAGAUUCGCGCAGAAAUCUACCAAGACGUCCAGCGAUGUAUGCCAGAGGAAGAGUAUUUCCGUCGACCUGAAACACAACGGAUGCUACUAGACAUAUUAUUCGUCUUUUGCAAAAUUAAUCAAGAUGUUGGGUAUCGACAAGGCAUGCAUGAGGUUUUAGCUCCAAUUCUAUGGGCUGUGGAAGAGGAUGCUAUUGAGUAUGAUUCUCAGAAGUCCGCAGGAUCUGAAUCGGAUUUAAUCAUGAAAGAGAUCUUGGACCGGUCCUAUAUCGAACAUGAUUCUUUCACGAUUCUUUCUCUGAUCAUGAGGUCAGCGAAAUCAUUCUAUGAGCUGGGGGAACCGGAUAAGAGAUCCGGUACCUCCUCUACAGCGACUGGAACCCCACAACAAGGAGCUUCGCCGAUUGUGGAAAGAAGCAAACAGAUACAUGAAGUUUAUUUGGCAAGGCUGGACCCAGAACUUGCCAAGCAUCUUACAGACAUCGAAGUUCUCCCGCAGAUAUUUUUGAUACGUUGGAUUAGACUCCUGUUCGGGCGAGAAUUCCCAUUUGAGGACUUACUAGCUUUGUGGGAUACCCUCUUUGCAGAAGAUCCAGACUUGGACCUUAUGGAUAUGGUUUGUGUCGCUAUGCUUCUGAGGAUACGAUGGCAAUUGAUAGAAGCCAAUUAUUCGGUGGCGCUUAUGCUUUUGCUCAAGUAUCCUGCGCCCGAACCUCCGUAUGGCCCUCAGUCUUUUGUAGAUGAUGCGAUUUACCUACGUGACAAUUUCAGUGCCGCUGGGGGUGCCAAAAUUAUCAGCAAAUAUGGCGCCCAAGCUCCACAUUUGCAAUCAUCAGACUUUCGGCCACCAACACCUCUUGGUCAGGGACUUAGCCCGAAACAUAAAUUGUCUAGGGCAAGAUCGCCGCUUACAUCUCCAGCCAGCUUCUUGCAGCAUCAAGGAGGAGUCGAAGGCUUAUUCCAAGGCGCUGCUAGAGGUGUCAUUGACCGUGGGGAACGGCUUGGUAUCAAUCAAGCGUCCGAGAUGCUGUGGGAGAGAGGCCAAACUUCAGAAGGACCCAGAUGGUCACUUGAUGAGGGGAGGUCAGUGCCGACGCAAUCCAGAGCAACUAUUUCGGCUAUGAAUAUCCGUAAUCAACAGCUAGCCCGCAUGCUUGAUAAAGCGAUGAUCGAUCUGCGAGAUGUAUCAUUAUCCAAGGAUGGCGACAAGGACAAAUAUGUUCAGGCCAUGGACAUGGCAAUCGCCAAGGUGGAUUUCGUCAGAAUCUACUUGGAAGAUUCAACAAUGCCUCUCACGCCCGAUUCUCCACAACUUGGCCCAGUAAGUUCGCCUGCUAAUUUACCUUCGCCUCCACCUCUAAAUAUUGCACCUCCAAUGGUUCCUGCUACAUCAACUUCAAUAUCAGCUCUAAUACCAGAACGAGCUCCCAAACAGUUGAUGGCGUCAUCUAAAUUGUUAGAAUCAUCAAGUCUUGCGCAGAGUACUCCCAAGGACCCGGAAAGUCAACCAAGCUCUGCAUCAAGUACUGGUCUCAUUCCAGAUGCUCCGAUAACGAAGCCUACGAAUGAGACAGUUGAAGGAUUACUGGCAAGACCGAAAGCGCCAGUACCGACACGUUCAACUAUAGCACAAUCGUCAUUCAGUUGGAUGCUAGAAUCGGAUUCUCCUUCCCGUUCCCCGGCCAGAUCACCGCCUCCUAAAUCAUCAUCAUUUUCCAAACCUGGCAGGAAACCAACCUCAGGUCCCAGCCGAGAAAAGGCAGCAUUUCUCUUUGGUGAAGACAGCGCGGCGUCUAAUGGUUCUGGCUCAAGAUUGCCUUCAUUAGCCGACGCGGAAGAGGGCUAUAAUAUGGGCAGUAUAGGCAGUGGCAAGGUUAAAUGA